ACCGUCGUAAGGACUUUAUUAGGCACCGUCAGCACAAAUAGUGGGAAACCAGCUAUCUUUGUCAGAGGAUAGAAAGCUAUUGUACAUAGGCACCGUAGAUAGCAGAUACUGAGCACAAAUGGACGUUGAUAUGGAGCAGGCGGAGCUUGCAGCUGCGGGGUCGGCUAAAGAAACGACGCCGGCGCCAGAGGCCGCCCCUGCAGCAGCGCCCCCAAACCCGGACCUCGAAGCAUACAAUCAACGCUGGCAGACCGUCCAGGCAGAUCCGCAAGACUUCACUUCCUGGACUUCCUUAUUGACUACCGCAGAUCGUUUGCCACGUGGUCAUUGUACUUCCAUCGCAGGACGACAUCGAAAAAGUCCGUUCUGCCUACGAUGCGUUUUUCGCGGAGUAUCCACUCUGUUACGGUUACUGGAAGAAGUACGCAGAUGCGGAGGUGCGACACCAGAAUUCCGACAUGGCAGCACACGUGUACGAACGUGGUGUUGCAGCGACCCCCUACAGCUCUGAAUUGUGGGCACACUACGCCACCUUUAAAAAAGGUCUUCCUGAUGCGACAGCGGAUGAUGUCCGAAGCGUCUUCGAGCGCGGUUUAGCAUAUGUGGGCACUGACUACAACAGCCAGACGCUGUGGGAUAAGUACUUUGCGUUCGAGCAGGAGCGCGGCAGCACGAUGCACAUUGCAUCGCUGUACAGCCGCGUAUUGGCUUGUCCAGUGCGGGAUCUGGACCGGUACUACACCAGCUUCAAGAACUACAUUCAUCCAUUGGCAGCGGCCCAGAUCGUGCAGCCCAAUGAUUACGACUCCAUCCGGUUGCGCCUGGAGUCGGAGCGCGCGGCCGAGCAGGCUAAGGCAGCAGAGGCCGCCAAAGCAGUGGCGGAGGCUAAGGCAGCCGAAGCAGCCAAAGCAGCGGCGGACGCCAAGAUCAAAGCCGACGCGGAGGCUGCUGCUGCGGCAGAGGCAAAGGCAGAGGCGGCUGGAGAAGCAGUAAUGGAGGAAAUAAAGACAGAGGACGCGCCCGUCGACAUUAAGGCUGAGGGAAAGUCUGGAAGCGAGGAGGGCAAGGCUACGGAGACCACCGCCGAUGUUGCCAUGGAGUCUGCUGCCUCUGGGGUUAUCAAGGUCAAGGAGGAGGAUGAAGUGCCUGCGGCGAACGGCGACGUGGACCAGCCAAUGGAGGAAGCGAAGCAGGAGGCGGCGGCGGCAGCUGUCCCUGACGCAGCUGCGGAAGCAGAUACUACAGCUCCUGCGUCAGCAGCAUCCGAAGGGCAGGAGCAGGGGGCGGAUGGCGUUAUCACCGAAGCUGAGGACAAAGAUGCCGGCGAGGCAGCGGCAGUGCCGGAGACCGCCCCUGCGGCCCCUCCUGCCGUGGCAGCCUCAGAACCCGCUGAGCCGCCGAAGCCUGAGCCGAUCGUAGUCACAGACGAGGAGAUCAAGCAGGUUUGGGUACGGAAGCAAGACGGGUUGUAUGAGCAGACGAAGCAGGAGCUGCUGCGCCGCAAGCCCUUCGAGGAUGCUGCGCGGCGGCCGUACUUCCACAUCAAGCCGCUUGAUGGCGUGCAGCUUUUCAACUGGAUUCGCUACCUAGACUACGUCGAGGGCCGCAGUGACUAUACGGCUACCGUUACCCUGUACGAGCGCUGUCUUGUGGCUUGUGCAAACUAUCCAGAGUUCUGGCAACGCUACGUGCGCUACCUGGAGCGGACUGAUCCACAGGCAGCCAAGCCGGCGCUUGAGCGUGCAGUGAUGGGCUUUUGCAAACGGCGGCCGGAGAUUCAUCUCUUUGCAGCGCAUUUCGACGAGCGGCAUGGCGACGUGGAGGGUGCUCGCGCACGCUACAAGCAACUGUUGAACAGCGUGGCGCCUCGCCUCCUUGAGGCGGUUACAGCAGCCGCCAAUUUUGAGCGACGGCAGGGCAACCUAGAGGCUGCGUGCCACUACCUGUCGGAACUGAUGAACGAGGAGAAGGCAAAGGAAAGCUCGCGCAUCUACCCCUUCCUAGCAAUCCAUUACGCGCAUUUCCUACGCCGCAACACGGGAGACCUGGCGGCGGCGCGCAAGGUUCUGGACGACGCGUUGCAGCAAUGCCCAGGCGUCCGCAGCUUGUGGGAGGCAGCUAUACACUUUGAAGAGUUAGUUGGCGGGGCAGAGGCUGUGUCACGAGCGCUGGACUUGUACAACAGGUGUACAGGCUCGCCACCGGAGGGCGCGGUGGCUGCAACGGCAGCAGGGCGGUGCUUGCCCGAGCGCGACCGGGAAGAGCUAUCAGCACGGUCAGUAGACUUCGCGGACAUGUACGGCACGAUUGACCAGGUCAAGGUGGUCUCGGCGCGCCACGCGCAGCGCUUUAUGUUGCCAACGACGGUGACGGCGGAAGCGCGUGCCGCCGCCAGUGCCAAGCGAGUAGCGGAGGCGUCAGCUGGGGCCCCGGCGGCAAAGACGGCUCGUCCUGAAGGCGCCACCACAGCCUCUGGGUCCGCUGCGGUGGCAGUGCCUCCGCCCCCGCCCAUGAUGGCACCUGCCGCCGCGGCAGGGUAUUACCCACCUGGCCCUCCUGCUGCUGCAGCAGCAGCAGCAGCGGCGGCAUAUUCAUCAUACUACGGGUACGGGCAGUACCAGGCUGCGCCACAGUAUCAGGGAUACGGGGCAUAUCCUGGGUACGGUUACUGAGCAGGAAAUGCGUUAAGCAGUUGAAAACGCAGCAGGGGGGUACUGACUUGGACGGUGGACGGUGAACAGAAUGUCAAAAGGUGCUGGCUACUGCAUAUCGUUGUCACCGCAAUUUGCGUAUGAAUUAUGUACAUGGUGCAUUGUGGACCUUAUGAUUGAGUACGGUGGAGCGUACGGCAUGGCGAUGGCUUUGUUUUUCCCUGCUGCGCUUGUGGAGCAGUAUGUCGCAGGCGGUCUCCUCUGGGGGCAAGCAGGUCAUGAGCGAAGCGGCGUUUCGCGGUUUAAGGUGGAACAUAGCGCCUAGGUUCUUGGCUUCAGCCAAGUGGAUGGUUGGGGUGGGGGCGCGGCAUGGUGUGCGAUGAACCAGCCGCAGGCGGCUAUCCAGCAUCUGGGUCGCUCGUGAUGUGAGGCGGGAGGCGAAGGUCCUAAGGCGAUGUGUGCUGCGGGAAGGCGAUUGUGCUGAGCAGUUUUAAUGUGUUCAGUGUCUGUGGCGAUGUUUUGUUCUGUUCUGUACCGUAUGUACCUCUGUCGUCGUCGUCAGCAGCACACGGCUAUGAAUACGUGUUAUUCAUGCUCUUAUG